UCUGGCUGUAUGGUGACACAGAAAGGCUGUCAUUAUGUGUCUUCAGCUCUGAGUUCAAACCCCUCACACCUGAGAGAGCUGGAUCUGAGCUACAAUCACCCAGGAGAUUCAGGAGUCGAACAACUCUCUGAAAAACUGUUGGAUUCCACCUGCUCACUGGACAAACUCAAUGUGGAUCAUGGAGGAGAAUCCAGGAUUACAGCAGGACUGAACAAAUAUGCCUGUUUUCUCACACUGGAUCCAAACACAGCAAACACUAAACUCAGACUGUCUGAGGAGAACAGAAAGGUGACACGUGUGGAUGAAUAUCAGUUGUAUCCUGAUCAUCCAGACAGAUUUGAUCAUGUCUAUCAGGUGUUGUGUAGAGAGAGUGUGUGUGGACGCUGUUACUGGGAGAUUGAGUGGAGCGGAGAUACUGGUGUGUUUAUAUCAGUGUCAUAUAAGAGCAUCAGCAGGAAGGGAGAUGGUGUUGAGUGUUUGUUUGGACAUAAUGAUCAGUCCUGGAGUUUGAGCUGCUCUCCUGACAGAUACUCAUUCAGACACAAUAAGAUAAAGACUGAUCUCCCUGUGAAGCCCAUCAUCAGUAGAAUAGGAGUGUAUGUGGAUGAUGAUAAUGAUGAUUAUAUCUAUAGAAUUGGAGUGUAUGUGGAUGUGAGUGCAGGAACUCUGUCCUUCUACAGCGUCUCUGACACAAUGAGUCUCAUCCACACAGAACAGACCACAUUCACUCAGUCGCUCUAUCCUGGGUUUAGUGUUUAUUAUAAAUCAUCAGUGAAACUGUGUUGAUGAAUCAGAACAGACUGAUGAGAGAUUCUUCCCAUAAUGCUUUGAGCUGAUGAUGAAUCAGUAAGAGUGAGAUGUUAUUGAGUCUCUUCAUGACAUUAAUACUGCAGCUCAACUUCUGUCACUCAAAUAACAGUCAGAAUAAAUGUGUCAUAAAUCCUCAUAUAGACAGUAACAUCAGUGUGUGUAUAUUCGUGUUUUUAUUGUCGUGUCAAUCAUU